AUGCAGCUGGGGCUGCUGGUCCCCAUCCUCUUCUGGAUCUCAGGCUGCUCUACUGCUCAGGAUGCAAUCACAGGUCCAAGCAUGGUGAGAGGUCAGGAGCGGGGCUCCUUGACUGUGCGGUGCCGGUAUAAGUCAAAGUGGAAGGAUUACAAGAAGUACUGGUGCCAAGGAGCUGAUUGGAGAACAUGCGAGACUCUUGUCAAAACUGAUGCUUCAGAAAAGCUGGUGAAGAAGAACCGUGUGUCCAUCAGGGACAACCAGACAGACCUCAUCUUCACAGUCACCCUGGAGGACCUGAGGAUAAGCGACGCCGGCGUUUACUGGUGUGGGAUUGACAGAGUUGGUUAUGAUCAUAUGUUUAAAGUUAAUGUGAACAUUGAUCCAGCACCCCAAGCACCCACUACAGUGUUGACCACGCUCCCCACCACCUCCACCACCACCAUGUUCACAGAGAGCGGUGCUGUAAAUGGGACCAGCAGUUUCCCACAGAGGAGCAGCCCCUACUCCACCCUCAGCGAUGACGGUGGUGACAGCGACGGUGGCAGCGGAGGCAGUGGUCUUUUGGAUCUCAGUGUGCUCCUCCCGGUUAUCUCUGCGGUGCUGUUGCUUCUCUUGCUGGUGGCCUCGCUCUUCGCUUGGAGGAUGGUGAGGAGACAGAAUAAAGCUGCUGGGCCACACUCAGAGCAGGUAAGUUCUCUGGAGGGCGAUGUCUGUUAUGCAAACCUGUCCCUUCAGCAGCCCAGACCCUCCCAUGGCUCCUCUCAGAAAAAGGGCUCCUCCAUGUCGUCCUCUGGCAAGGCCCACCAAGAGGAAGUGGAAUAUGUCACCAUGGCUCCCUUUCCCAGGGAGGAGAUUUCCUAUGCAGCUCUGACUUUGGCAGCCUUGGGUCAGGAGCCCAUUUACAACAACACUGGUUCCUCACUGGUCACUCACAUUCCCAGCACCACCUUUGAGGAGUCUACGCAAUAUUGCAGCAUCAAGAGGCCCUAGCCGGGGGCCAUGCCUCGAUCUUGGUCCCCGAAGAAGUGCUGGGAUGCAA